AUGGGUGAGCAAAAAGAAGGUGCCAAGACUGAGGUUGCUCGCUCUCGUGAUAAUUACAUGUCAUGGAGUGAUGAUUGUACCAAGUAUUUGCUUGAGUGGUAUGUCGAGAAGCAAAGGGACAAGCCACCAACCUUCAAGUGGAAGGCACAACACCAUCUACAAUGUGCUAAUGAUCUGAAUGACAAGUUUGGAAUUACAGCUACAGCAAAACAAGUUGAUCGACACUUUAGGUCAUUCAAGGAGAAAUGGAAGUGGAUAAAGCUAGCAAAGGGGAGGAGCGGAUAUGGUUUCGAUAAAGUACUUAACAAAUUUAACAUUGACAAGUCAGAGAAAUCACCAAGCAAGCUUGGUAAAAUAAAAUUUAACUACCUUACUCACUCCAUCAAGUUUUAUCAUCUCCUAGAAGAACUGUUUAGUGACUCGUCUCAUGCGGAUGGCUCACUAGCUAUUGAUGUGAAUGAUGCAAUUGAGAAUGUGGAAUCUGAUGGUAGUAGUGAAACGAGCAACCACACAUCCACUGCCGAACAAGGUCUUAGUGAUUCCGACAUGAUUGCGCCCAACAGUCUAGCAGAAGGCACUAGCUCAAAUCUGAAGCGCAAGCAUGUUAAAGCACCACAUAAGAAGAAACCAAAGGUCAAGGCGCGUCGAGCCAGCGUGUUAGAUGAUGAUGUGGCAGCGAGCAUUGUGAGUCUUGCUAAAACUGUGAAAUCUACUACCCCUAUUCAGCCAAUAGCAGUUACAGACCCCAAUGCCAAUCUUUGGAAACACAUUGAGUCGCUAACUAUCCCAGCAAAUGAGAAGAUUGAGUUAGCAGCCUAUCUUGCUAAGCCAGAACAAGAAAUUUUCCGUGGUUUCCUGAACUGUGCAAGCGUCCAGACUUUUAAUGCUUGGGUCCUUGAUUAUUUCGCGCACAAGUACGACGGCAACAAUCGCACAGCUGCUGAUCCAUCAAUCUGA